UUGUGUUAUCCGACACCUAUACAAGUGAUGUAUGGAAUGUUACCAUACUGGAUGGUUUCCCCGGCUAUGACUAAUCCUGCUUUGCUACAAACCACUGCAACCAACAGUCAUUCAACUCCCACAUCUGCUGUUUCUCCCGGAGUCACUGCUCGUCCUCACACUGAACCACUCUAUGAUUGGAUUAAGAAUCAUGAGAAAGAUCCGUAUCCAACAAGACGGGAGAAAGAAAUCCUUGCCCGAGUAUGUGGUAUGACCGCUCGUCAGAUUGAACAUUGGUUUGCUAAUGCCAGAAGGCGCAUGAAGAAGAUGCAAAACUCCAAACGACUACGUUCAUCCACGGAUUCCACGCUAGACAGAGAAGACGAGUCCGCAACAUUAACGUCAUCAUUCUCAUCUGCCUCGUCAACGGAAGAUUCGAUGUUAACGCCAACAUCAUCAUCGUCCCUCAUACUAACAACUGUUCCGGAUAAACAGGACGAUAGAACGGAAAUCAAAAAACCUAAAGGCAUUUGGUCAAUCAUCAACACAUUACAGUAA